AUGGAGGGCGAAGAGGAAACGGAGCUUAGGAAUCCCUUUCCCUCGCCGCCGUCGCACUACACCAAGUACACUACGCACAACCUCAAUCUCCUCGAGCUCCUCCGCGAGCGCGUCGGGGAUGCAGAUCUCUCGACCGUCAAUCAGUAUGAAGUGCUGAUGGACCAUACGGACGUCCCAGAAUGGUCGCUUGUGCAACUGGAGAAGCCGAGGGUAGAUUGGAUUCUGGAGGAGGGACACUACACGGUCUUUGGAGAUACCUGGUUUGUCAAGGAAACGAUCCCUUCACUCGCUGAGCUUGGCGGCCACCAAUUGUACCCAGCCGACCCCAGCGUCGACCGCCGACUCGCACUGAGCAACAUAUUACGCUCCAUGCUCGUAAGCUACUCACAGCUGCUUGAUACACUCCUGGCACCGCCACCCACUGCCUCCGCCGCUGCACCUCCAGAGUGGCAGAGCAAAGUGGAGUGGAUUACCGUCCUUGCCCAGAACAUCAUGGCCGCGGCCAACGACCUGCGGCCCGUGCAAGCCAGAGGGAACCUGGAGCUUAUGAUGAGGAGACAACUCGAGCUACGCAGGGAGGAGACGAAGGCAAUCCACGACAAGUGCGAUGAGCUCGAGGCAAAGCUGAGUGCUAUGCGUGGAACGGUACAGAAAGUGUCGAAGGCAAACACCUCAACGCGCGAAGACAAAAGACCCGAGAGCUCUAAGGUGAGCUUACAUCGAUAUCUGGCAAUCAUCGCUCUUGCUGCCCUGUCGACCGAGGACGUUCUGUGUUGGGCAGAGGAAAUCGCCUAG